GUAUAGCCAUCUCCCCAACACACAACUAAACAAAAUGAUAAUUGGCGACAAGAUCAAUCGGGAUGAGGUGAACAACAGACAGACUGUCAUGGACAGUGAAUACCGGAUCAUACUCAACGUGGGUGGUGUUCGACACGAAACCUAUAAGCAUACGCUUAAGAAAAUUCCAGCUACACGACUAUCCCGGUUGACUACAAAUUUGGCCAAUUAUGAUCCAGUUUUAAACGAGUAUUUUUUCGAUAGACAUCCCGGAGUUUUUGCGCAAAUACUAAAUUAUUAUAGAACGGGCAAAUUGCAUUAUCCUCUUGACGUGUGUGGACCAUUAUUUGAAGAGGAGUUAAAGUAUUGGGGACUUGAUUCAAAUGAAUGCGAACCAUGCUGUUGGAUGACAUUAUCUGGUACAAGAGAUACACAAGAUGUGCUCAAAACAUUAGACGAGUUGGAUAUUGAAGUUGAUCAAACAGAAGGACCUGAACUGUACAAACGAUUUGGUUGGGAGGAUGACUAUCAUAAUGAUAGUCUCAGUGCCUGGCAGAAGAUCAAACCUCGGAUUUGGAGGCUUUUCGAUGAACCAAAUUCAUCUAGAUCAGCACAAUUUAUAGCAGCUAUUUCUGUAUUUUUUCUGAUAACAGCCAUCAUUGUUUUCUGUCUGAAAACCCAUCCUGGUUUGAGGAUCCCUGAAUUAGCUCCAUUUGGAAACUUUUCGCGGAAUCAUCGGAGUACAUCUUCACGAAUACAUCCUGCACAGAUAAACAUUGAUAAGGCCAAUUCUAGGCCUCAUCCAACUUUUAUGUACAUAGAAACAAUAUGUAACAUUUGGUUCACGAUUGAAAUUCUGGCAAGAUUCUCUUCAUGUCCAUCUCGUUUUGAAUAUCUUCGUGCACCUGUGAACAUUAUCGACAUUGUUGCCACUUUGACAUUCUACAUUGAUUUAUUAUCAAGCAUGUUUGGAGCAACUGCAGAUCUUGAGUUCUUCUCCAUCAUUCGUAUUAUGAGACUUUUCAAAUUGACUCAUCAUAAUUCGGGACUCAAGAUUUUGAUGCACACCUUCCGAGCAUCAGCAAAGGAAUUGAUGCUACUUGUAUUCUUUUUGGUAUUGGGAGUUGUUGUAUUUGCAUCACUGGUGUAUUAUGCAGAACGGGUGGAAAGUAAUGAAGAUAAUCAAUUUGUGUCAAUUCCGAUUGGAUUGUGGUGGGCGAUCGUCACAAUGACAACAAUUGGCUAUGGUGACAUAACACCUCAUACAUAUCUGGGCCGCCUGAUUGGUUCGAUUUGUGCUCUCGCUGGUGUAUUGACAAUCGCUUUGCCAGUUCCAGUCAUCGUCUCUAACUUCGCCAUGUUCUAUUCCCAUACACAAGCUCGUUCAAAGAUGCCCAAGAAAAGACGAGGAGUGCUCUCAAUGGAUCAAGUUGCUCAGCAUGUAAAACAUGCUCCGGUUCGAAAUUCCAAUGGACCAACGCAACGGAAGAAUAUGGAAAAUACACCACUUGUAUCCAACAACCAUACACCGCCACAUACCUUAAUCUAGUUGUUUCAUAGCCAUUUUUUCCCUCAAAAAAGUUGUGACCAAUUCAUCAUCAUUUCAUCAAACCCCUGACAAUGACGAGUAUUAGAUUGAUCUCAAUUUUCUCAGAUUUCUCCUUUCAAAGACUUUGCUAGAAUAAAUAUUUAUUAUUUUU